GCAGAGCGGAGCUGCAUGGCCGUGGCUGAAGGCGGCUGCUGCGCGGCGGAGCGGUGCGCUGCGUCCUCGUACCCCUUCGCCGCCCGGGCGCCUUCUUCGCCCUCCUCCUCCACCUCCACCUCCGGGACCCCGGCUCCGGAGCCCGGCGGCAGCCCCCGGCCCGCCCCGCCGCACCUCGGGGCCGUCCCGGCGCCCGGCCCGCCCGCCCGCCGGGAGGAGGACGUCCCGCUGCCGCUCUCGCUGCCUCCGGACUCGGAGCGGCCGCCGGCGAUGUACCAGACCUUGGCCAUCUCGGCCUCGCAGGGCCCCGCGCCCUACGACGGAUCUCCGGGCGGCUUCAUGCACUCCGCGCCCAGCUCUCCCGUCUACGUGCCCACCACCCGCGUGGGCUCCGUGCUGCCCACGCUGCCCUACCUGCAGGGCGGCGGCGCGGCCCAGCCCGGCCACGCUCCGGCCGGCCACGUCUGGUCGCAGCCGGCGGCCGAGAGCCCCUCGUACGGCGCCGCGGGCGGCGCGCACCCCUCGGGCCGCUUCCCCUACUCGGCCAGCCCGCCCGUGGCCAACGGCGCCUCGCGGGAGCAGUACGGCGGCGGCCUGGCGGCGAGGGAGCAGUACGGAGCGCUGCCGCGGCCGCUCAACGGCUCCUACCCGGCGCCCUACGCCUCCUACGUGGGGCCGCAGCUCGGCCCCGCCUGGCCCGCGGCGCCCUUCGAGAACUCCGUGCUGCACUGCCUGCAGGGCCGCGCCGCGCCCAUCCCCGUGCGGGCUCCGAGCGCAGAGCUGCUGGAAGACCUCUCCGAGAGCCGCGAGUGCGUCAACUGCGGCUCCAUCCAGACCCCGCUGUGGAGGAGGGACGGCACCGGGAAUUACCUGUGCAACGCCUGCGGGCUCUACACCAAAAUGAACGGCCUGAGCCGGCCCCUCAUCAAACCCCAGAAGAGAGUGCCCUCGUCACGGCGGCUCGGCCUGUCCUGUGCCAACUGCCACACCACCACCACCACCCUCUGGCGCCGGAACGCCGAGGGUGAGCCCGUCUGCAACGCCUGCGGCCUCUACAUGAAGCUUCAUGGGGUUCCCCGACCACUUGCUAUGAAAAAAGAAGGAAUUCAGACGAGGAAACGAAAACCUAAGAACAUCAAUAAGUCGAAGGCAUGCUCUGGUAACAACACUACUGCAGUUCCUAUGACUCCAACAUCUACGUCUUCUACUAACUCAGAUGACUGUAGCAAAAACGCCUCCCCAAGCACGCAGCCGGCAGCCUCGGGGGUGAGUACAGACGCAGCAUCCGUGUUGGCGAGCUCGUCAGUGAUGUCCGGCCCAGGAGAGAGCACCAGUCCCGAAAGCAGCAACCUUAAGUAUUCAGGUCAAGAUGGGCUGUACACAGGAGUCAGCCUGACCUCCACGGCCGAGGUGACGGCGUCCGUCAGGCAGGAUCACUGGUGUGCCCUGGCUCUGGCGUGACCCACUGCCAGCCAAGCUGGAUCCCGGCACUGUGCAGCAGCCCCCAGACGUCCAUGCGGGGUUUCUUCUGUGGAGCGGUGGCAGUGAGAGUGCUGGCUAGGGACGCUCCUCUGAAAUUGUUUCCGUGCCUUGGUGGCAGAGGCGGCUUUCAGUCCCCCUAAGAGGCUCUGCCAAAGCAUCCUGAUCCUCAUCUAUGCAAGAAAACUGUAGAGAAAGCAAGUGCCCACCGGGGGGUAGCUAAUGCAGCCAUACACACUCAAAAAAAAAAAAAAAAAAAAAAGGAAAAAAAAAAAAGGAAAAUGGGAAAAAAAAAGACAAAAAAAGAAGAUAGAAACCUAGACCUAUUGAUAGAUUCCAGAAACACAUCCUCAACUCACCCAGCAGCGCUGCCUUUCUGAUUGUAUAUUUGUUUUCACUCUCUCAUCGCCUUCUCCUCCCAGGAAUUUGACGGACGCCGUCAGCGCUGGGGAGGCUUGAAUUAUUAGAGAUAACCAGAUACUUUCUCAAGUGUUGGUAGCGUGUACUGCUGGAGUCAGCGUGGGCGCCCAGAGCCGGACAUUUGACCUCUUCACCCAUCCUGUGCCCGCCUUGCUCUGCUCCCUUGUGCCAGAGCCCAGCGAUGCCCGGGGAGGAGAUCACAGCCUUUGGUACAAACCUCACGGGGUCGAGCUGGUGAAGGAGGUUUUGUUGUUGUUUAAGAUAUUUACUCACUUUGCAAGACUGCGCUAUAACUUUUGAAGUACACUGUGACUGAGGUUUAUGAAAGUUCACGUUUUGUGGCUGAACUGUGUAGAGUCAGUCGAAAUUUGUAAACAGGGUAGCAAUCAGAUAUUUUUUUCUUCCAUAUAUACAAUAAUUUUUUUUUUUUUUAAAAAGAAGUGCAAUUUGCGUUGCAGCAAUCAGUGUUAAAUCAUUUGCAUAAGAUUUAACAACGGUUUUUAUACGAAUGAAUGAAUGUAAACAUUUUAACUUAAUGGUACGUAAAUAAUUUAAAAGAAAAACUUAACUAGGCAUCCUUAGGCUUCGUAGUGCAACAAAACCCAUCCACUUUCUGCAUUUCCAGUUGCUAAAGCGGGAGUCUCAAAGAACAAGCCUUCUCUCAGGAAAAUUGCCCUAGCUGUUUGCUCCUCAGUUUUGUACAAAAAAAGCAAAUGCAUCCCCAGGUUGGUUAUUAUUAUUAUUAUUAUUUUUUUUUUUUUGCCAUUUGAAGAAGUAUGUACUGGAAAGAAACAAAUCGCAAUGAAACUUUACUACCUAACCGAUACAUAUGUAAAUACUCCAUAAGAUAUUUAGGCAUCUUUGAAGUUGAGGAUGCGAUCUGUAUAGUGUGACUGACACAUCGUUAGGUUGGUUUCCAUUGUUUUUUAAAUGGGAUGGCAUUUGGGAGGCUGUUUCAUCAGAGCUCUACAAAUAAAAGGGUAUCAUUUUUUUUUUCUGUACGCCGUGCCUUCUCCUUUGUUUCGGCCACAGCAGUUAAUCUGUAUUAAAAGCUACGGAUGCAGGCAGCUUGUCUGAUGGCUUCAACGUUGUUCUUAAGUCAGAAUGUCCGCUCUGCCUCGCUAAGUCUGUACCACGAGGGGCAUUUUUCAAGCUCCCUUCUGUAUGCCUCCUAGCGGUAUGUACAACUGCGCCUCCCAUCAUGGGCGUCUUUUGUGCACACAAGUUGUAUUUCUGCUUAAACGCCUUGUGAGGACCACCACAUUUUGCUUGGCAGUGGCUAAUGUGUGGAAGGCAGGUCUCCUGUGCACGUCAAAAUCAGCAAACGGUGAGGCAGAGCCCUUGCCUGUCUGCUGGCAUCCUCUGGUGGCGAAGUCUGAAGGGCACCCACAGCUGAAGGCGCUGAAAAAGGGAAGAUGUCGGUUUAUAGCUGCUGAGGGGAAUAGAAAGCUUCUGGCUGGCUUUGAGGACCAGUCCUCUGCAUUGCUUUGCUGCUGGGAGCAAGACUUUAUGCUCUGUUUUCCAGCUACGCUGACAGUGCUGCUGGACAGGGAUGCUGACUGCCAUCACCCCGUGGGUGGCUGCAAAGCAUCUCUUCACCUUCCUCAGAAUGAGAUCCAUUUGGGGUGAAGUGGGACAGCUCUUCUGCUUGCGGUGAAGCUAUGCUGCUGUGCACCGGCUGAGACCCUGCCUGCUUGUUUUUCAGACUGUAAAGCCCAGAGGGCUGAGGCUGCCUCUGUAAUCCCAGGGCUGAUGUGAGGACCAAGGGAUGGACACAGUGGCACAGGCCUCAGAGAGCAGCUUCUAGCAAACAGAGUCCAACAGCCUCUCUUGGGGUUUGAUCUGUUCCAGACCUGCUCAGCAGACCCAAGGAGGCUGUCAUGGUGCUGGACCACUUCAGUUCAUUGCGCCCUGUGGGUUAACGUGGUGGUGCAGCCCAGCCCUGCUGACCUGGGGGACCAUGUGGGCCGGGAUCGCCUAACUUAAUAGAUGUUUAGCCCCAUUCAACUGGAAAGUGGGCCACGCAAGGAAACACUGGGUUUAAAAUGCAGAGGAUGUGCAAAAGAGGAUGAAUCUCUUUCCUUUUGAAGCAUUUGUUGGCUGAAAUGCCCUUUUCUGUGAUUUUCUAGUGCUGACACUAACAGGUGCUGAGCAGCCUUCAGACUUAGCUGGAGUCUUGCAUCUUUUUUGGGUUUUUUUUUUGUGUGUGUGGUUUUUUUUUUUUUUUUUGACAGGAAUGAAGUUUGGUGUGCUACUUCUGAAUAGUGUAAUACAAGCCUCACUGCUGGGCAGGAGGAGAGGGCCGUGUAGGUCAGAACUACGUCCCUUGGAGUUAUCCUGAAACGGGGAGUUCAGACCAGUACAUACUAAUUUGGAGCUGCUGACCCAGCAGUAAACUCAGCUGGCUGCUGACACUCUUGCCAGCAGCCUAUGGAUGUCGUGUAGCUUUGAAACCCUGUGGCAUCAUUUAAGAAGGCUCCCAGGAAGCUCUUCUGCCUUCUCAGUACCACCUUUACCCAGGGUGUGACUUAGGAUGGUUCUUAGAGAUAGUAAGUCUUGCAAGGUACAAAAAGAUGUGAAAAGAGUUCUCUCGGAUCUGAGGCUGAAAGCCUUCCCCAUAGGGAAGGUUUUUCCUGUUUUUAUCAGCAAGAUCAUCAAGAAUUAAAUACUCUGCCUCCUUGGACCAGAGUCAGGUUUCCAUCCCUCUGCAGUAGGUAGGAGUGAUGCAGUACCACGUUGCCUUAUUCUAUAGAUGCUGAGGAGCUCAAAGCCAGGUUCUGUUAUGGUUUUACAUGGAAAAAAUCUAAGAAUUCUAUCAGAGCUCUACAAGAGUACCUUCCUACUCACCAAAACCAAUCUCCAAAUGUACAUACAGCUGAAGCUGCUUGACAAAAUAAAGGUUUGUCUUUUCAAAAAAUCGUUAUUAAUAUAUUAUUUUUUUAAUUUUGCUUUUCAGUGCCAACAAGCCGGCCCAGCUCUGGGUGUGUGAGCUGGAUUUUGCUUUGGCUCAUACAUCAUCAAUAGCACUGAUACUGAUAGAUGGCCCGACCAGAUGCUUUCCUUACAUAUCCCUGUUUUUCUUCAGUGACAGCCCCUGGGAUGGGCUGGGAAAGAACAAAGAGAGUUCGGCUGCAAGCCUCAAUUACUAAUGAGACUGAACAAGCCAAACUGACCACAGAGCAGCUCUCUAGUGCCAGGAUGAAGCCUCAGAGUUGACACUCUGAGCAAAACAAAACAAAACAAAAAGCAUACAGUUAUAUGUUACGAUAGCAUCUUUCCCCCCUAGAAACAACCAAAGUUAAAUGGCCAAUGACUUGAGGCAUCUUCUUUGGACUCACACCAAAUAACACUGUGGCACUGAUAGCAUAUACUGAGAUGUGUGCUGUGGAGUUAUAUGAGUUUGAAACAACUGCUGGGCUUGCUUUGGUGAACUGGAUGAAGCACAGACAAGCAGGCCUUGUGGCGACUUGGAGGUGUUUUGUUACUUGUGAGCAAUCAGAGGACAAGGACCUGGUGUGAAGUGAGGAGCUAAAGCAGCUGCUUUGGUUUGGUUUUCUUGCUGCAAAACUAGGUAGAGCCAUGUGUCAGUCCUGCAAUAUUUGCUAUAUAGAACUUGGGUAAUUCACUGUUCUGCAUAAAAAUAAUACCAAUUCUCAUUCUUUCCAAGAGAACAUGAGCUUUAUGAGUUAAACCCAAAAUGGACUCCAGCUCCUCCUGAGUGCUUGCAGCUCCAGAUCUUCCUUUUCCAGCUGUCCUGAACUCCAUUCCUCACAGAUCCUUCACUUCCUAAAUUUGUAUACAUUGGAGAUUCCAGGGUUGUGUCAAACAUACUGAAAUCAAUAUUAAAAUAUAGGGCAAGGGUUAUUGCAGUGGGCCACGGGAGAAAGAAACUGAGUUCUCGAAGGGCAAUUCCAAGAGGCCUCUGCCCCACAUGUUGCAAAAGGCUUUGUGGUCUUUGUUACAUGUGUGUAAUGUGUUUUUAAAACACUUCGUACCUUCUUUCCUUAAAGAUAUCCAAUGAAAUUUGCUACAAUAGGUAGGAGAGGGGUGGAGAAUUCAAGUGCCCUGGUGGGUGUGCAGCCAAACAGGAGCUGUCAAAACAAUGCACUAUGCAAAAGUGCUAAUACAUUCCCUGACAUAGACUGGGAAAUACUGAGUAGAGGUAAGGAGGUAAUUUGGGAUGCUGCAUUUGGAGCUGGCAUCCAUAUUUGAAAAGGAUGUUGAAAUUUGGAGAGCGUAGGGGGAAAGAGCCACAGAACUGAUUUAAGAACUGGAGAAAUUGUCUGUCCUUGACAAAUUUCAUGACCACAGUCUGCUGAAAGUAUCCAAAAGACUGAAAGGUGACUGGUCUAGUGAGUCCCUUCCUGGGAAGGAAAAUCUUGGUACUGAAAGGGCUUUGAUCGUGCAGAGGAAAACAGUGGUCUUCCUCUGGUGGUCGGAAGGUGAAGCCACAUAAGUUCAGGUGAGAAACUAGCCUCAGCUGAAACAAUGAAUGUAAUUAGUGAUGGAAUGAUGGCAAGAGAAGAAAACAAGUGCUCUAUCUCCUGACUUCUUUGCAACAAAAUUGUCUGAAUGACUGAAUUUAGCUGAGCAGAAGUGACUGAGCUCAGGACUGAGUAGGUUACAUUUGCCGCUGUGUGAUUUAUAGGCCAGAUUAGUUCCCAUUUGGCCCGAAGCUGUAUUAUUUUUUGGGAUGAGACCCAAUGCUGAGAGCUUGAAUUUUUGUCAUUAUGAAAAACCCUAUGGCACUUUUCCUGUGAGUGGUGGUAAACACUGUGGUGUCUUGACCCACUUUCAGUGUAAGUAAUUACUUUUUGCCUACAUAAAACAUCCUCCUUCCUCUCCAAAACUGCCCUGCAUCUUUAUUGUUUCCUAUUAAAUGCAUCCUAAGUUUCACAGAAGAAAAGAUUGUGUUUUGAAUAUAUGCAAAUAGGAUCUGAAAAUACUCUAUGGUCUAACACACAGGCAGGUCUAACACACAUUUCCAGAGCAGUGGCAUGGAGAAGUGCCAGCAAGGCCUGGACAGGCACAGCUCCCAGCACUGACUGCACCAGGGCUGGGUCUGCCUCGGGUUUACAUGGUUUGGAAACUCCAUUCUUCACAGAAUAAGUUGUGUCGCAAAGUUGAUUUUAUUUUAUUUUAAACCAUAAGGAACAUUUCACGAAGCCUGGAACAGGCUUCUGAAGACAGCAAUAGUCACAGAAUCAUAGAAUCAUUUGAGUUGGAAGGGGCCCUUAAAGGUCAUCUGGUCCAACCCCCCUGCAAUGAACAAAGACACCUAGAGCUCAAUCAGGUUGCUCAGAGCCUUGUCCGGCUUGAUCUUGAGUGUCUGCAGGGAUGGGUCAUCCACCACCUCUCUGGGCAACCUGCUCCUGUGCCUCACCACCCUCAUUUUAUUUUAUUUUAGUUUUUCCCUUAUAUCCAGUCUAAAUAUCUCCUCUUUUAGUUGGAAACCAUUUCCCCUUGUCCUAUCCUUCCUUAUAACGCAGUGAUGUCCUGUCGUUUCCAGAAACUUUGACUUGCCUUUUAUCAAUUAAAGGUUAGAACCCUGA